GUGUGUUAUACGAAACUUAAAAAGUGUAGCACUGUAGACAUAGCUUUUCGAUAAUGAACGACGAAGAUAAAAAACGUUUGGAGUAUUGUAAAAGGUACAAUAUUCACCAUCUUUUUGAACUAUUGGCCACCAAGGUUCUUGUAGAUCGUCCCGAUAACCCGUUUAAAUACUUGCAGAACCUCUUGGGUUCUGUGGAGGAAUCUGAGCGCAAAAAAGGCACGUACGACCCCACAAAAAAUCAUUUUCAUGAUGACCAUAUUCCAUUAAUCGAUGGUGAUUUGAAUACCAUGGGAAAGAGAAACUCCAUUAAAGAAAACGCAACCUCUAAAAAGAUUACCCUUGGAGUUUUUGGUCUUGACAACGCUGGAAAGACCACCAUUUUGUCUGCAAUUGGUGGGGAAAUCAACAAGGACUGUACUCCAACUAUUGGCUUCAAUCCUGUUCAUUUUCAGACAGAUUCAUGUGACGUUUCUAUGUUCGAUUUAGGCGGCGCAGCGAACUUCCGAGGAAUUUGGGUACACUAUUUUCAGGACUGUCAUGGCAUCAUUUAUGUUAUCGAUUCGGCUGCGGAGGACGUGACUUUGAUGAAAUCUCUCGAAGUUCUUCAGCGAACCCUCAUGCACUCGUAUCUACAGGGCAAGCCGGUUCUCUUGCUUGCAAACAAAAAGGACUUGCCAACAAGCCGCAGUGAGGCGGCUGUGGCAGAGGAAUUUCUUCAGGAAGUCUUACUUUCUGAGACUCCCUAUAGAGUAGUUGCGACAUGCGGUAUUGAAAAGGAUGAGACACUAGAAAAGGGUAUUGAAUGGCUUCUUACCACAGUCUUGGAUACAUACGACAAGCUAGAGAACCGCGUCAAGAAAGAUACUGCGGCUGUGAAGGAAGCGAAAAAUCGCGAACGCGCUAAACUCUUGUCUCAUCCAGAGACCAAAAGCGGUUAAAUAUCAACUAGGUGUGUUGGAGAAAGCGCGAUCUUCAUUAAAGUGUACUGUGAGGCUAUCUUCCUUUUAUUCAGUAGAAACUUCUUUUAUAUCGUAUCCACACUUAGAAUUCUUCUACAUCUAAAAGUACUUGUCGUGAUGUAUUUAUAAUCCACGGUGCAGUAAUAGGAGUGAUAACACCAUGUUAAGUUCAUUUACA